AUGGCAUCGCUGGGGCGGCUCAAGUCCGCCAUCUUCGACAGGGAGGAGAGGAGGAUGCAGUACCAGUCGCACAUCCGGGGGCUCAACGCGUACGAUCGCCACAAGAAGUUCAUGAAGGAUUAUGUUCAGUUUUAUGGCCAUGAGAAAAAUGUGGAUAACAGUCUGCCCAUCAAAACUGAUAAGGAUACAUUGAGAGAAGGAUACAGGUUCAUUCUUUCCGAGGAAGAUGACAUGGAUUCAACUUGGGAGAAGAGGCUGGUCAAACGUUACUAUGACAAGCUUUUUAAAGAGUAUUGCAUUGCUGACAUGACCCAGUAUAAAAAAGGCAAGAUUGGAUUGAGAUGGAGAACAGAAAAAGAAGUGAUAUCUGGCAAAGGGCAAUUUAUCUGUGGCAAUAGGCAUUGUGAUGAAAAACAUGGGCUAGGUAGUUAUGAGGUGAAUUUUUCUUAUGUUGAAGCAGGGGAGCAGAAACAAGCACUAGUGAAGCUGGUAGCUUGCAAGGGAUGUGCAGAAAAGCUUGCUUAUAAGAGGCUGAAGGAGAAAGAGAAAGAGAAGCAGGAAGAUCCCUACGGUGAAAAGGAAAUUGAGUUGAAAGACAGGGACAAGAGAAAGAGAGAACAUGAAGAAAGUGAUGAUACCUCUGAGGAUGAGGCCAAGAAAGAUAGAAGAAAGAAAAAAGAUCGGAAGGGAGCUUCUUCAAGGAGUUCAGGAAACAAUGAUGAAGGUUUCGAAGAGUUCCUCGAAGGCAUGUUCCCAUGA